CCUCAUGUGCCGCCUGCUGCGUCCACUUGACACGGCUCCGGCUGGGUUACCCGCAGCGCGGCCGGGGUACUGUCGGCUAAUCCCGUUUCCACUCCACUGUCCCUGUGUGACUGCAGUUAGUUUCAGCGAUGCUUGCGGGAGAAUCUCCAUCUCCCUGUGCCCGCGGCCGCCCGAGACCCUCGGGGUGCUGCUGACCCCCUCCGGCAGGACGGGAGGCAAGGGGUGGGCUGGGAUGGACCCGUUCCUGAUGGAAAUCACAGCACCUCGCUGGCUUCUGCCGGGGAUGACAAACUGUGUGGUUGCAGUGGCCAACAUGGAUUUUUUCUUCAUCUACCCUUUUCUGCUGGCGCUGCUGCUAUCUCGAGGCAGCUUCGCAGACCUGGAAAAACAGAGGGUGGACUCUGGCUUGGAAAUCUAUAAGAAGCUGUUUGAGGUUAAGCGCAAGGACCAGAUGAACGCGCUGAAGAAUCUGAUUGAGCUCAAUGACGUCAACCAGCAGUACAAAAUCAUUGACAUCAUGCUCAAGGGACUCUUCAAAGUGCUGGAAGACUCUCGUGCUGUGCUCAUUGCUGCUGAUGUGCCUCCCGACGGGCCUUUCCCUCAGGAUGAGAAGAUAAAAGAUGCAUACUCCCACGUAGUGGAGAAUACUGCUUUCUUCGGGGAUGUUGUCCUGCGCUUCCCCAAGAUUGUGCACCACUAUUUCGACCACAACUCCAACUGGAACAGCCUCAUCCGCUGGGGCAUCGGCUUCUGCAACCUGACGGGUGUGUUCGAGCAGGGACCCCACUCCCAGGUCCUGCGGCUGAUGGCUCAGGAGCUGGGAAUCAGCGAGAAAUCGCCCGAUUACCGCAAUCCCUUUAAAACGGACCACUCAGAGUUUUUCCCCAGCGCUGACACCUUUCAGAAGGCGCUGAGGGACGAGGAGAAGAGGAGGAAGAAGGAGGAGAAGCGGAAGGAGAUCCGCAAGGGCCCGCGCAUCUCCCGCUCGCAGUCGGAGCUGUAGCGUGCGGGGGCUUGCGCCUUGCAGUGGGGGAGACACCACUGGGACGCAGAGUGGCUCACUCUCUCUCGGCAGCCUUUGGCCAGUGCCUGGCGGUCCCCUUUCCGUUUGUGCCGUGGGUUUUGUUUUGUUGCCUUUCCCUUUUGUUCAGUGGAGAUUGGGUGGCAGUGCUGGUGGGUUGCCCCAGUGCAGCUGGAGUGGGGUAUGCCUUCCCCACAGCUAAAGCACAGACUAAAGGAAAAGCAGUGGGGCCAUCCCCUGGGCUGGUUGGGGUGCUGCUGCCUGUGGGGAUGUAGGGUGUGGGGGACAUGCUGUGCCUGAGGAGCCCAGGAAUCCCUCCACUCCGCAGCACACUCUACACUGAACCUGCCUUCUCCAACAUGGGUGGGCUGGGGAGUGCAUCACACCAAACAGCCUCAUGAGCAAUGCUGCUUCUCUC